CACGGCACUCUUCGCGCCGCACAGCAUGGCCGACUCUCCCGCCGCCGCCGCCGCCGACGCGGCCGCUGCCGGCCCGUCGCGCACGCCGCGCCCGCAGACGCCGCAGGAGGUGCAGGCCGCCGCCGUCGCCCGCCUGCUCGCCAAUCCCGAGCGCGCCGUGCGCCUGCCCGGCCCACCCAAGGAGAAGGAGCUGCGUGCGCCGCGCGACAUGAUCAAGAAUGUCUCGGGCUCCAGCGCCGGCGCCGGCAGCGGCGAGUUCCACGUCUACAAGCACGCGCGCCGGCGCGAGUACGAGCGCGUCAAGCUCAUGGAGGACAAGGCGAAGAAGGAGGAAGAGACGGCGGCAUUUGCCAAGCGGCAGGCCGAGCUGGCGGCCAGCACAGACGCCAAGACGCUCAAGAACCGGGCGAAGCGCGACAAGAAGAAGGCACGCGCAAAGGGCGGCGCAGGCGCAGCGGGCGGCGAGAAGAAGGCCGAGGGCGCAGCGGCUGGGGAUGCGGCGGCGGCGGCCGAUGGCGAGGACGAGGAGCGCGAGGGCAAGCGGCGCAAGAUCGCGCGCGCCGCCGAGGGCGCCAGCAUCGCCUUCAAGCGGCCCGCCGGCGACAGCGACGACGAGGCGUGAGCAUGCGCAAUGCAAGAUACCCACGCCGAGGCGUGUGAUGCAGCG